GACCCUCUGACCAGUCAACCGCGGUAUAAAAAGCCGGAGCGCUUGGCUUUUUCAAAUCAAACAAUUCCUCACCAGCGCAACUAACAGUUUAUACGUGCCAUCUCCCAUCUAGAUUCUCAGCAGAAUAUAAGAAUAAUAAUAAUGGCGUCCAAUAAAAUGAUGAAAAGUAUUGUUGCCAAGCGUCUGAUGUCGUCAGCAUCUGGCAGCGAAUCUUCCAGAUACAUUUCACCGGUCUCAGCUCUAAGUCAAAUCAGUCACAAAGUCAGUCCGUUCGAGCAGCGAUUGCUGGUGUGGAGCGGGCAAUUCAAAAAGAUCACAGAUGUUCCAUCUCUCGUCUCACGCGACACGAUGGAAAGGGCCCGCAAUCACUACCGGAUUCGUGUCAAUCUAAUCAUCGCCGGAAUCGCCGUGGUGGGCUCGUUCGCCAUGGUCAUCAGCGGCAAGAAUGCCGCCCAUCGCGGUGAAAACAUCAACGACUACAACGCCGAAUGGCACCGACGAUACAACGAGGCUCAUAAGUUCGACCCCACCCAUUAAAUUGAUAUUAUUAUUAACGCGGUUAAUAACGCGGAAAAAUUUUUUAUAAACAAGCGGAAAUUGUAAAAAAGAGGACGUUGACAAUGAAUUGACUGUUAGAUGUCGUGACUGGUGAUAGUGUAUCGCUAUAUAGCCCCCCCCCCCCAUUCCAGCCUAGAAUUUUAGCCGCUCAAAUUUGUUCUUCAUUUGCUUCUGCCAAUUAUUUUUUAAAUAGUGAUUAAUCAACGAUCUGUGUUGUGGUAUUAUUUCGUAGACUAGAGAGUCCUCUCAUUUGACUCUUUAAAUUUUUUGUUCCAAGGAAAGAUUUCGUAUUAUCUGAAAUAAACAGUUGAAAGUUCAA